UCCACCCCUUCAGCUCCUCCACAUUUCAAUCAUCUUGUCUCUCACAGAGGUGUCUUGAUAAACGCCUUUGAUUUUAUUGUUUCUGCGAUUUGAUUUGAUAUUUUCUUCAGCGAAAAUGAGAGAGUGCAUUUCAGUUCACAUCGGCCAGGCUGGUAUUCAGGUCGGAAAUGCCUGCUGGGAGCUUUACUGCCUCGAGCACGGGAUUCAGCCCGAUGGCCAGAUGCCUAGUGACAAGACUGUCGGUGGAGGUGAUGAUGCUUUCAACACCUUUUUCAGUGAAACCGGAGCUGGGAAGCACGUACCCCGCGCUGUUUUUGUAGAUCUUGAACCCACCGUUAUUGAUGAAGUGAGAACCGGUGCUUAUCGUCAGCUCUUCCAUCCAGAGCAACUCAUCAGCGGCAAGGAAGAUGCCGCCAACAACUUCGCCCGUGGCCACUACACCAUUGGCAAGGAAAUUGUUGAUCUGUGCUUGGACCGCAUAAGGAAGCUAGCUGAUAACUGCACUGGUCUUCAAGGGUUCCUUGUUUUCAAUGCCGUAGGUGGAGGCACUGGAUCUGGUCUUGGUUCGCUUCUGUUGGAGCGUUUGUCUGUCGAUUAUGGCAAGAAAUCCAAGUUGGGUUUCACAGUGUACCCAUCUCCCCAGGUCUCCACUUCCGUUGUUGAGCCCUAUAACAGUGUUCUCUCAACUCACUCCCUUUUGGAGCACACUGAUGUUGCUGUUCUCCUCGACAAUGAGGCUAUCUAUGACAUUUGCAGGCGCUCUCUUGACAUUGAGCGCCCCACCUACACCAAUCUUAACCGCCUUGUUUCUCAGGUGAUUUCCUCCUUGACUGCCUCACUUAGGUUUGAUGGAGCCUUGAACGUCGAUGUGAAUGAAUUCCAAACCAACUUGGUCCCCUACCCAAGGAUCCACUUCAUGCUUUCUUCAUAUGCUCCUGUCAUCUCCGCAGAGAAAGCUUAUCACGAGCAGCUCUCCGUUGCUGAAAUCACCAACAGCGCCUUCGAGCCUUCAUCUAUGAUGGCCAAGUGUGAUCCUCGCCACGGCAAAUACAUGGCAUGCUGUUUGAUGUACCGUGGUGAUGUUGUCCCUAAGGACGUUAAUGCUGCAGUCACUACCAUCAAGACCAAGCGCACCAUUCAGUUCGUCGAUUGGUGCCCGACCGGAUUCAAGUGCGGUAUCAACUACCAGCCUCCUAGUGUUGUUCCUGGUGGCGACCUUGCUAAAGUCCAGAGGGCUGUGUGCAUGAUUUCGAACUCGACCAGUGUUGCUGAAGUGUUCUCCCGUAUCGACCAUAAGUUCGAUCUCAUGUAUGCCAAACGAGCUUUCGUGCACUGGUACGUGGGUGAGGGAAUGGAAGAAGGAGAAUUCUCGGAGGCACGUGAGGAUUUGGCUGCAUUGGAGAAGGACUACGAAGAAGUUGGUGCCGAGUCGGGCGAAAAUGAGGAUGAUGGUGAUGAGGAGUAUUAAAAGUACGGUGUGUGAGGGCACCUCUUCUAUCAUGAUUUACUUUUUUGAGCUUCGGAUUAUUUGAAGCUGGUUUAGUGUUUGUAUGUUUAGUAUGCUUGUUUCUUGUUGAAACUUGAAUCGGUUUUAUAUAAUUUUCUAAGCAUCGCUUGUAUGA